CCUUCUUUGCAAAUUUGCAACUAGCAAUAGCCUGCGAGGUUUUGUGCACGAUGGGCAUGGCUGAGAAGGGGUCGGCAGCAAGGAAGGCCGGGCUGAUCACCAAGACGCUGGACCGGUGCCGGAGCACGACGGCGAGGAACAACAAGCCGGCGGAGGGCUGCUUCUCGGUGUACGUCGGUGCGGGCAAGCAGCGGUUCGUGGUGCGGACGGAGUGCUUGAACCACCCGCUGUUCCGGGCACUGCUUGAGGAGGCCGAGGAGGCGUUUGGGUACGCUGACGCGGGGCCCCUCGAGCUGCCCUGCAACACCGAGGCCUUUACCAAGGUGCUGGAGAAGAUCGAGGAGGAGAAGCGGAUGACGGCGGGGAGGAGGCAUGGCCUCGCCAGGGGGAACUCCUACCGGCUGCUCAGCACCGGCCAGCCUGCCAUCAUUGGCCGGUCGUAGCAUGUCCAUUUGUAUUGGAUAGGAUGAUGGCGAGUUGAUGAGCUCUGAGUUUCUGUUGAGCUCAUGUUUUCAGACUAUCAUGUACAUAUUUGGAAGCAACUUUAGCAAUUCCAAGUAUGGUAAACAA